UAGUAACAUUUUAUAAGGUGCAAAAAUUAAAGGCGAUAUAAAACACAUUUUUUUUUUAUCAGGCUUCAUUGGAAAAUAAGAUUCAAAUUACAAGGUCCAUUUUACUUUCACUUUUUGCCGAGAGUACAUUUAUAAUUUUAUAAAGUAUCUCUAUUAUUUUUGUUUAAACAUUCAUAUAUUUUUACAAAAACAUGGCACAAUCAGAGAAUGAAAAAUUAUAUUGGCCAAGUUGUUGGAGCAAAAGGUGGGAUUCGGAUAAACUUUUAGAGCAUUAUUUUAAAAAAUGUGAAGAAAUUAUAAGCAAGGCUCGAAGUUCUAUAAGUUGUGAAUUGGAUAUUCCUUAUGGUACAACUGAAAGGACAAAAUUUGACAUUUACGGUACAAAUUUGCCCAAAGAUGCUCCAAUUUUUAUAUUUAUUCACGGCGGUUAUUGGAUGGAAUUCACCAAAGAUUUAUCUGGAUUUCCAGUAUCUUCAUUGGUAUCACAAGGAAUUAAAGUUAUUGUCUGUGGUUAUGAUUUAUGUCCAAACGUUUCAUUGACUGAGAUAGUGUUGGAAAUAAAAAUUUUUGUGGAGAAAAUUCUUAAAGAUGCACAUGCUUUUGGAACAAGAAAAAUUUGGAUAGCUGGUCACAGUGCAGGAGCUCAUUUAGCGGCAAGUCUUUUGCAUGAUAAAAAUUGGCUAAAUUCAAUGACUGAAAAGGGCUAUCGAAAUUUAUUAAAAGGUUUAAUUUUAAUCGCUGGUGUUUACGAUUUAAAACCAUUAUUAACAACGAGUAUGAAUGAUGCAUUAAAAUUAACACCACAAGAAGUGAAAUUAUACAGUUUUGCUCCAAUCGAACAAAAUGAUUCAUUAACAGAGUCAACAAUAAUUCAAGAUUUAAAAGUAAUCGUCACAGUUGGAGAAUGUGAUUCUCCUGUAUUUAUUAAAGAAUCGAUACGAUAUUCACAGAAACUUGUGGAAUUUGUUGAUAAUGUGGAAUUUCUUCUUCUACGAAAUAAUAUCGAUCAUUUUGAUAUUGUUGAAAAUCUCGUGCACUGUGAUUUUCAACUAACAAAAUUAAUUCUCCAACAUAUAAAAUAAGAAACAAAUAACUAAAAAUUUGUUUUUAAAAAGCGAAAUAAAUUUUAAUUUAAACAAAUUGUAAAUUUAAAUAUCAAUAAAGAAUACUAUUUACUAUUAUUACUAACAAUAAA